UACAUUUUUUUCUGUGCCUUUUUCUGCUCCGGUCUCUCGAGGGAAGCGGUUGUGUGUCGUGCGCGCUCGUCGUUUUCCGAGUGUUUACUGGUGUUGUGUUAUUUUGUGUUCGUCAAGACGAGGAAUUCCGUCCAGCUGCCGUGUAUCUCCGAUGAUCCUGUGGUCGAUCGCGCGUCCCUAGUGUGUGUUGUCAACUUUUGUUUUAAAAUUUGUGUCGAUAAGUGGUGUGGUUUGGCUCCGAAAAAAAGCUGUCGCUGAUCCUCUCGUUGCGUUGUGUGCGUUGAAAAGUGUCGGUGAAAAAGGCCAGGGAGCAAAGGGGCAACUUCAAGUGCACAACAUCGCACCAUCAUCUCGACGGUCAUCAAGUUGCUCGGCCGAGCCAGCUCAUCCCAACAGCAGCAGCAACAGCAACAGCAAGACUUCGGUUGCAGAAGGAGAACAGAAAGGGACGGCCAAGCAAAGAAUCAUCAGCGAUCAUCACGUCACGUCGGUUCCCGCUCGUCACCCUGCCUGCCUUGCCUGCUGAUCGUCGGCAUUCCUCGGCUUACCCCGUCCCAAGAUUUUUAACCGGGAUGAUGGCUCCGUCACCUUCGAAAAGUUCCAAAACACAGCAUCCCUCUUUUCUUAUCACAACAGACUCUGUCGGUUCCAGUCCCGUUCCUUCGAGCCCCCCUAGCACGGAUGCGCCGAAAUCACAGUGUUCCUCGUUGUCGGAUGGUGAAUCGUUUGAAUGCUACGGAGAUAUCUCGAUUUCUGAAGGCGGAGGUGUUGAUCUAGAACUGGCACCACAUUUAAACUCAACCACCAUCGGUGAAAGUAGGAAGCCGCCAACCGAUAACAGCAACGGAGGAGGAGGAGGAAUCAACCGCGGAUCGUGGAGCCGCACCAGCCUGCGCGGUGCCCCUAAAAGCCAAAAUGAAAAUUUGCCGAAUCGAAGAUGGGGUUCGAUGAGACACAGCUCGGGCAAACGGCAGCUAGGAUCCAAUGCCUUAGCGAACCACCUUUACAGAUCAUCGAGUUUUAACUCGUCCGGAAGAAGCUCCAACUGUGAUACGGCCGAAGACAUGUACAGCGAUGUAAGCUUGGAAGAUGUGCAAGAUAUCAAUCAUAAGCUCGAAAUACUACAACGGCAAGUCACCAAUCUGGCGGACACGCAGAGCAAUGUCGACGAUCGUACGAGUAGAACCAAAACGGAAUAUGCUGUGCUGCAGGCCCGCUAUCACAUGCUGGAAGAACAGCUGAGAGAGACUGAACUGCGGGCUGAAGAGCGGCUCACGCAAGAGCAGAAGCGCCACCGGGAACUGUUGGCCCGCGUCGAGCGGGAGGCCAAGCUGCAAAAUGAGAAUUGCCAGAUCCGGAUACGAACGAUGGAGAUGGAGGCGACCAGCCUGCGGGAAGAGAUCCAGCGGUUGCGUGCCCAAAAUGACAAACAGGCCGCCGAUCUGCACGCGGCAGAGGAAAAGUUAGAGAAAUCCAUGGACUCGCUGAUGACCGCCCAUCAGGAUCUGGCCGAGGCAAGAGCAGAAGAGAAGAAACAUCGAGCGGACAAGAUGGCAGCGGAGGAACUGAUGGUGGAGCUGGGUAAAGAGUGCGAACGUCUACGAUCGGAACGUGGCCCAGCACUGCCCACGACCUCACCCGAAUCGCUACGGCUCGAGGAACUGCAUCAGGAGAUGGAUGAACUGCGCCAGAAGAGCAAGGCCUUGGAGGAAGCGAAUGAGGAACUGCAAGCGAUGAUGUUAACCCGGAGCAUCGAGGAAGGGCGUAAUCUAUUGAACGGUCCGACGAACAGCCUUGCCCAGGAACUAGAGGCAAUGAGCCAGAAUCAGGAUACCGUUGAUUCGUCCACUUUAGCGUCAUUAACACAGCUGCAGGUAGCGUUCCAGGAGAAGGAAGAUGAAAACCGUCGAUUGAAGCACUACAUCGACACGAUGCUACUGAAUGUGGUCGAAAACUAUCCGCAGCUGCUGGAAGUGAAAGCGGUGUAAAUAAGGGCGCAAGACACGAUGCUGGCACGCCGCCGAAGGAUGUAAUAGUUUAGUACCCGAGAAUGACUUGUUACUCAAGACCAGCAGCAGGUCCACAUAAUGGAUAAUCGUUAGGUCCCUGCCUGGCCCUGCUCGGCUCAGGUUUAUACUAUAACUGAAACAAACUGAGAAGAGAAAAGGAAGUAGAAGAAGAAGCAUUAUGCUGCUGAAUCGUGCUGAGCGCCGCAGGCAUGUAAGCAAUAUUCGUAGUUUUAUAUUUUACAUAUUUAUAACCUAAGAACGUGGAGAACAUUGCAAGAUGAGUUUUUGCUAUUGAAGAGAUAAGUGAGACGAAAGGACGUUUCUUACUGAUACUGA